AUGAACUUCAAGAAACAGGAGUGCUACGGCACCCUCGGAUGGCCCGUCGUCCCCAAACCUUUCCUCGGCGGCGACGAGUUCGAAGAAUCGUGCUUCGCCGCGGCCAGCGACCCCGCCGUCAUCAAUGCUUGCGGCAUCUCGCCAGGAGUCCGAAUCGGAGUAAGUCCCGGUGCACGGUGGGAUUUCAAUGACGAGCGCGGCGGCAUCUCGGUCAUCCCCAGCACAGUAGAGUCAUCAUGGCUGGCACGUCAGUCACCACGUCGCGCCGAGUGCCACUACGUCGGUGCUCAAGGCCUGCUCGCCAAACAGCCUGGAGACAUCUCGAGGUCGGUGCGAGCACGCGCACGAGGCAGUCUGUGCAAGUCCCCCUCCGUCGUUACGCCGAAGGUGGCCGUGUACAGUGCAUCCAUCUUAAGUCUUGACCCGUGUGGCGGAAGGGAAGCCAGCCGAUAUUCCGACCCCCCGGAUGCCGGUUUUUGCGCGACAAACGCAACUGAGCGCCGAGACCACGGCUCCUCCACCGGACGCGUCGUGAGCUCCAAGUAG